GCGUUGGUGCGUAUUUCGACUGUAGGCGUCAAAGAUCACAGCUCAUACGCUCCCUCGUAUUUGUUUUUUCAUAUAAAACUGUUCAACCUUCUUUUUUCCUCCUCUUCUCCUACUUAUCACAAUGGCUAAUAAUGACUUGGACGGAUUCAAGCUUGACCAGAGACACGGCAAGGCUAGAGUUAGGGUCACCAGAGUUUGGAGAACCAACCAUGGAGGUAAUCACUUUAUGGUCGAAUGGAAUGUCAGCAUCAGCCUCAUUUCUGAUUGCCUUAACGCCUAUGUCUCCGAUGACAACUCCAAUAUUGUUGCCACCGAUACCAUGAAGAACACGGUGUAUGUUAUGGCAAAGCAAUGUUCAGAACGGCUUUCAGUUGAGAAUUUUGCAAUUUUACUGGCGAAGCACUUCACUUCAUAUUACAAGCAGGUAAAUGCUGCCAUCAUAAAGAUUGUAGAAAAGCCUUGGGAGCGUGUAAGCAUAGAUGGACAGUUGCAUACACAUGGUUUUAAGCUUGGAUCUGAGAAGCAUACAACAGAGGUAAUAGUUAAGAAGUCUGGAGCUUUACAGCUGAGUUCUGGUAUAGAAGGAAUGUCCGUGGUGAAAACAACCAAAUCUGGGUUUGAAGGGUUUGUAAGGGAUAAAUAUACAGCUCUACCUGAAACACGAGAGAGGAUUCUGGCAACAGAAGUCACUGCAUCAUGGAAGUAUUCAUAUGAAUCUGUCGCUAGCAUCCCCCAGAUUCCACUUUACUUUACAGAAAAAUAUAUGGAUGUGAAGCGGGUUUUGGCCAAAACUUUCUUUGGUCCUCCUAACGAGGGAGUAUACAGUGCAUCUGUUCAAAGCACUCUUUAUCAAAUGGCGAAGGCUGUAAUCAACAGUUUUCCCGACAUAUCAGCAGUUCAUCUUGAAAUGCCAAAUAUCCACUUCUUACCAGCUAACAUAUCAAGCAAGGAUAAUACUAUUGUAAAGUUCAAUGAUGACGUGUACGUGCCAACGGAUGAACCACAUGGAACAAUAGAAGCUACUUUGAGCCGUACAUGGUCAAAGAUGUAGAAGCUAUUUGCAGAAAUGACAUAUGGGUUAGUCAUUUACCUUUCCACCUGUAUUUGGUAAUGGAAAUAAUAAGUGGGUCUAUGGAAAUGCACCAUAAUGGUCAUGUUAUCAACAUCUGGAUUUGUAUUUGCAUUUGUAUUUGGAUGUGUUUAUGUAAGAAGUGGCAUGUUCCCUUAGCAAUAAAUUGUUCUUACUAGAGAUUA